ACACCUGCAACUCACCCAUCUUCUGAUUCGACAUCGAAGCACUGCGCAUUCACAGUCGCAUAUCCAACCCACACAACUACCUUCCUUCACCAACACCAACACCAAAAUGCGCUCCUUCAGCCAAAUCAUCAUCGCGCUCUUCGCGCUCCUCGUGUGCGCCUACGCCCAGGAAGACCAGUACGACGCAACCGUCUACAUCACCUCGACCGUCUACCGCGUCAACACCGUCACCAUGUCUUCCUCCACCCCCGCCGGCUACACUGCCGCAAACUCCACCUCGACCAUCUCUGCCACUCACCCCACCAUCAUCCCCUCGUACAACGCCGGCAACACCACCGCCAGCAUGGCCAUGCCUACUGCCUCCGGCCCCAUGGCCAGCGCCAGCGCCUCCAAGCCUGCUCAGUUCGAGGGCGCCGCUUCAUCUCUCCAGAUCAACGGUCUCAUUGUCGCCCUCGCAGCUGGUGUCGGCUACCUCGUUCUAUGAACGUGAGAAAAGAAGUGAAAUUGCAUCAUCGACUGGUGCGCUGUCUUUGAUUCAACAAAUACCCUUUUUUCUCAUGUUAUAUUGUUUCUAAACAACCCAUAUCACGAGGAUGUAUGUCCGUUUACGUCUUGUCUUGCGUC